CUUCAGGUCAAGAGCUAGCAACUACAUCAGAUGGGCAAAGAAGAGACUCCAGGUCUACUGUGUUCCGUAUUCCUGAGUUUAAGUGGUCCCUGAUGCAUCAGCGCUUGCUCACAGACUUGCUCUUCUCCAUAGAAACAGAUAUACAGAUGUGGAGAAGCCAUUCUACAAAAACUGUGAUGGACUUUGUGAAUAGCAAUGACAAUGCCAUAUUUGUACACAACACAAUUCACCUCAUCUCUCAAGUAAUGGACAACAUGAUUAUGGCUUGUGGUGGCAUAUUGCCAUUGCUUUCUGCUGCUACAUCUGCUACACAUGAAUUGGAGAAUAUCGAUCCAACUCAGGGACUUUCAGUUGAAGCAUCUUUAACAUUUCUCCAGAGAUUGAUAAACCUUGUGGAUGUGUUAGUUUUUGCAAGCUCUCUUGUUUUCUCUGAUAUUGAGUCUGAGAAAAAUAUGUCAUCUGGAGGAAUUCUGCGGCAAUGUCUCCGUCUGGUAUGUGCAGUAGCAGUAAGAAAUUGCUUAGAGUGCCAGCAGCAUGCGCAGAUGAAACCUAAUGGAGACUCUGUGAAGAACCAAAAAGCAAUGCAGGGUCUUACAGAAGGAGGAAGGUCUACAGCAAAGAGUCCAGUGGACAUUGUCACUGGUGGAAUUUCUCCAAUACGAGACCAUGACAGACUUCUGCAGGAUAUGGAUAUUAAUCGACUUCGAGCAGUAGUGUUCAGAGACAUAGAGGAUAGUAAACAGGCUCAGUUUUUGGCUUUGGCUGUAGUGUAUUUUAUUUCUGUGCUGAUGGUCUCAAAAUACAGAGAUAUACUGGAACCUCAGAAUGAAAGGAGACCACCAAGUCAUAGCCAGUCAUUCAAGGCAUCAGAGAAUGGAAGUAAUGAAACUCCUGCUUCUGCUACAGUUGUAGAAAACCCGUCUACUGCUCUUGGUGCUUCACCUUCAGCCUUCACUGAAGAUUUUGAAAGUACAGCAUCUGUACGAAGAAGGGACUCUGGUCUUGGAGAGGAACCAGCUUCAGGUCAAGUAAACAGCUCAGAUAGUGAAGAACCUCUGAAAGUCAUUCCAGGUCCAGAUGCUAUCAGUGAGGUACUAAGCACACUGUCUUUGGAAGUAAAUAAAUCUCAGGAGGGCAGGAGUGAGGUAGGAACUAACGACAGUAAGGCUGCAGCUUCUGUGCCAACUGCAAAAAAUGUCAAUGUGAAGGACAUUCUGCGAAGCCUGGUGAGCACACCAGCUGAUGGGGCUGCUGUGGAUCCUGCUCUUCUGCCAGCAGCCUUCCUUGGAGCUCUGGGUGAUGCAGCUGCGGAGCAGCCUGUGCAGUUCCAUUCCUUUGACAGGAGUGUGGUUGUACAGCCGAAGAAAUCAACCGUAUCCUCUUCUACAGCUGCUAUGAGUAUUCCUGCAAAUGCUGUCAGUGUGGUUUCUUCGUUAGAUUCAUCCCAGGCCCUAGAUUUGGCAGGAGAAUCUCCUGGGAGAGGAUCAUCUAAUUCGAAAUUGCCUGCAGUUCCUGCAGUUUCUUCAGUACCUGAGGAUUCUGCCUCAAAUAUGAGUAUUACAGAUAGACUUGAACAUGCUUUGGAAAAAGCCGCCCCACUUUUGAGAGAGAUUUUUGUGGAUUUUGCUCCCUUUCUUUCUCGAACUCUUUUGGGCAGCCAUGGUCAGGAGUUGCUGAUAGAAGGCACAAGUCUUGUGUGCAUGAAAUCCAGUAGUUCUGUUGUGGAGUUGGUGAUGCUGCUUUGCUCUCAGGAGUGGCAGAACUCUAUACAGAAGAAUGCUGGCCUUGCCUUUAUUGAGCUUGUCAAUGAGGGAAGGUUACUGAGUCAAACUAUGAAGGACCAUUUAGUAAGAGUGGCUAAUGAAGCAGAGUUUAUCUUGAGUAGACAGCGAGCAGAGGAUAUUCAUCGGCAUGCUGAAUUUGAGUCACUGUGUGCCCAGUAUUCAGCAGACAAACGAGAAGAAGAAAAGAUGUGUGAUCACUUGAUAAGGGCAGCCAAGUAUCGGGACCAUGUGACUGCAACUCAACUAAUCCAGAAAAUUAUCAACAUUUUGACAGACAAGCAUGGAGCCUGGGGAAGUUCUGCACUAAGUCGUCCUCGUGAGUUCUGGCGCCUCGACUACUGGGAAGAUGACUUGCGGCGCCGGCGACGAUUUGUGCGCAACCCCCUUGGAUCGACACAUCCUGAAGCGACACUAAAAGCAGCUGGAGAACAUGCUCUCGAUGAAGAUAUGCUUGUUAAAGGAAAGCAGUCCAUCAAGAGCCAAGUUUUAGGAAAUCAGAACUCAGAAAGCGAGAUUCUCUUGGAUGGUGACGACGAUACCCUGUCAUCCCUUGAGGAUAAAGAUUUGGACAACUUCACAGGUCCGGUUAACCUAAGCGCGCCAGCUCAGCUUGUGGCACCCUCGGUUGUAGUGAAAGGCAUUUUUUUGUCCUCUGAGGUCUACUUUGAGGUGGAUGAAGAAGAUCCCAGUUUUAAGAAAAUCGACCCGAAGAUUCUAGCAUAUACAGAAGGACUGCAUGGAAAAUGGCUCUUUUCAGAGAUUCGGUCUGUCUUUUCACGGCGUUAUCUCUUGCAGAAUACAGCAUUAGAGAUCUUCAUGGCAAACAGAGUGUCUGUGAUGUUCAACUUUCCUGACCAAGCAACAGUAAAGAAAGUGGUUAACUGUCUACCUCCGGUUGGCAUUGGUACUAGUUUUGGACUACCUCAGACCAGGCGCAUUUCUUUGGCAAGUCCACGACAGAUUUUCAAAGCUUCCAAUAUGACCCAGCGUUGGCAGCACCGAGAGAUUUCCAACUUUGAGUAUCUGAUGUUUCUAAACACUGUAGCAGGUCGCACUUACAAUGACUUAAAUCAGUACCCUGUCUUCCCUUGGGUUAUCACUAACUAUGAAUCAGAGGAGUUGGAUCUUACACUUCCUAGCAACUUCAGGGACUUGUCAAAGCCUAUUGGAGCUUUGAACCCAAAGAGAGCAGCAUUCUUUGCCGAGCGAUAUGAAUCAUGGGAAGAUGAUCAAGUUCCAAAGUUUCACUAUGGCACACAUUACUCAACUGCAAGUUUUGCACUCACGUGGCUACUAAGAAUUGAGCCCUUUACAACGCUUUUCCUGAAUCUGCAAGGUGGGAAGUUUGAUCAUGCAGAUAGAACGUUUUCGUCUAUUUCCAGAGCAUGGCGCAAUAGUCAGCGUGACACCUCUGAUAUCAAGGAAUUGAUUCCUGAAUUCUAUUACCUCCCAGAGAUAUUUGUCAAUAGCAACAAUUACAACCUAGGGAUGAUGGAUGAUGGAACUGUUGUGUCUGAUGUUGAACUUCCACCAUGGGCCAAAAGCCCUGAAGAAUUUGUUCGCAUAAACAGACUGGCAUUAGAAAGCGAAUUUGUCUCCUGCCAGCUGCACCAAUGGAUUGAUCUGAUUUUUGGCUACAAACAGCAAGGGCCAGAGGCUGUUAGAUCCCUGAAUGUUUUCUACUAUUUGACUUAUGAAGGAGCUGUAAAUUUAAGUUCAAUAACAGAUCCUGUAUUAAGAGAGGCUGUCGAGGCUCAAAUACGAAGUUUUGGACAGACCCCUUCUCAACUGCUCAUAGAACCACAUCCUCCGAGAAGUUCGGCAAUGCAGGUGUAUCUCCUCCUGCAGAGCCCGUUGAUGUUCACAGACCAAGCUCAACAGGAUGUUAUAAUGGUUCUCAAGUUCCCAUCCAACUCCCCUGUCACUCAUGUAGCUGCCAACACCCAACCUGGCCUGGCCACUCCUGCUGUGAUCACAGUUACUGCAAAUAGGUUAUUUGCUGUAAACAAGUGGCAUAAUCUUCCUGCUCAUCAAGGUGCUGUACAAGACCAGCCUUACCAGCUGCCAGUGGAAAUCGAUCCUCUCAUAGCCAGCAAUACAGGUAUGCACAGAAGGCAAAUCACUGACCUUUUAGACCAAAGCAUUCAGGUGCAUUCCCAGUGUUUCGUCAUCACCUCUGACAAUCGUUACAUCUUGGUCUGUGGCUUCUGGGACAAGAGUUUCCGAGUUUAUUCUACUGAUUCGGGUAAACUGAUGCAAGUAGUAUUUGGACACUGGGAUGUUGUAACCUGCCUUGCUCGCUCUGAGUCCUAUAUUGGAGGAAAUUGUUACAUUCUCUCAGGAUCACGUGAUGCAACAUUGCUGCUCUGGUAUUGGAAUGGCAAAACCAAUAUCAUCGGUGACAAUACGAGUGGUGAUUUUGCAACUCCUCGAGCUAUUUUGACAGGACAUGACUAUGAAAUCACCUGUGCUACCGUUUGUGCUGAACUUGGCUUGGUAAUAAGUGGUUCAAAAGAAGGACCAUGUCUCAUACAUUCUAUGAAUGGAGAUCUACUGAGGACAUUAGAAGGUCCUGAAAAUUGCCGGAGACCAAAACUUAUUCAGGCUUCAAGAGAAGGUCACUGUGUCAUAUAUUAUGAAAAUGGCCUCUUCUGUGUAUUCAGUGUGAAUGGGAAGCUUCAAGCCACCAUGGAAACAGGGGACAACAUAAAGGCGAUCCAGCUGAGUCGAGACGGGCAGUACCUGCUAACAGGAGGGGACAACGGGGUUGUCAUGGUCUGGCAGCUGUGGGACCUCAAGCAGCUUUUUGCUUACCCAGGGUGCGAUGCUGGGAUCCGAUCAAUGGCCCUGUCAUAUGACCAAAGGUGAGAGCAAAGUCUUCCCAAGACUUUCAUAGACAAUUAA